AUGCUUUGGGAGGUUGCGGAUCAAGUGAGCGGUGGCAUUCUGGAUGAGCAGGAGGGGCCUACUGGUGGAAACAGGACAGUGAUCUCCAGUGAUGCUGCUGUGACAGACAGCCCCCCCAGGUUUCAAGCACACCAGCCCCGCAAUGACUCACAAAAUGCUGGGGUAGUGCCUGCAGACGAUGACUACGCCGACAACGCUCCUGAAAUGAACAAUAGCUUUUCAGGAGACCCCAGCGAACGGGACGAGCGGUCUGUCGCCAGGCCGUACCCGCCGCGACCGAGAGUUCCCUCCUACGGUCUGAGUGGCACCUCGGCCUCCACCACGGAAAGCUCCCAGCAGACACACGGACACCCCCAGCCUCCCCAGGAAGAGGACCCCCUGGGGCCUCUGCCUGACAACUGGGAGAUGGCUUACACUGAGAACGGAGAGGUCUACUUCAUAGACCACAACACAAAGACGACAUCCUGGAUUGACCCUCGGACCGUGGAGAAGCCCCAGAAGCCCCUGGAAGAAUGCGAAGAUGAUGAAGGCGUACACACAGAAGAGCCAGACUCUGAGCUAGAACUACCAACAGGAUGGGAAAAGAUCGAUGACCCAGUAUAUGGGGUGUACUACGUCGAUCACAUAAACAGGAAGACGCAGUAUGAAAACCCCAUUCUGGAGGCAAAGCGGAAGAAGCAGGUCCAGCCACAGCCACAGCCACAGCCACAGCCACAGCAGCCGCCUGAAGGUGAGCGGUACAUUCGAGAAUGGAUAGAGGAGCACUCUGCUGGAGCCCCUAUCUCCAGCUACACAAUCAACCACCUGGAAACGUACCGAGACCCCCAGUCAGUGCCCCCACUACCGCCCCUGCCAGGGGUCAAACGGGGGAAGCCGUUUUUCACCAGGAACCCGGCUGAGCUGAAGGGAACCUUCAUCCACACCAAGCUGAAGAAGAGCAGGCGAGGGUUCGGAUUCACUGUGGUGGGAGGCGAUGAGCCAGACGAGUUCCUGCAGAUCAAAAGCCUGGUUCUGGACGGGCCUGCGGCUCUGGAUGGGAAGAUGGAGACCGGCGACGUGAUCGUGAGCGUCAAUGAGACCUGCGUUCUGGGCUACACGCACGCUCAGGUGGUGAAGAUCUUCCAGUCCAUCCCCAUCGGGUCCAUGGUGGACCUGGAGCUGUGCCGGGGUUACCCCCUCCCCUUCGACCCCGACGACCCCAACACCAGCCUGGUCACCUCGGUGGCCAUCAUGGACAAGGAGCCCAUCAUCGUCAACGGGCAGGAGAGCUUUGACUCGCCGUCCGGCCACGGCAUGAGCGGCAUGGCCCCCAACGACAGCUCCAACGGGGCCCGGGAGCCCUGCCCGUACAGCCCGUCGUCCUCCGCAGCCAAGGCGGGGACGGAGCCCAGCGACGUGGUGACGCUGGCCUCCUCCAUCGUCACGCAGCCCGAGCUCAUCACCGUCCACAUGGAGAAGGGCGACAAGGGCUUCGGCUUCACCAUCGCCGACAGCCCCGCGGGGGGCGGCCAGAGGGUCAAGCAGAUCGUGGACUACCCCCGCUGCCGGGGGCUGAAGGAGGGGGACAUCCUGGUGGAGGUCAACAAGAGGAACGUGCAGAGCAUGAGCCACAACCAGGUGGUGGACCUGCUGAGCAAGUGCACCAAAGGAAGCGAGGUCACCAUGCUGGUGCAGAGAGGUGUGGUGUCGGCAAAGAAGAGUCCGAAAUUGCAGCAGCAGCUGGAGAGGAGGGACAGUCAGAGCAGCUCUCAGCACAGUGGCUGCAGUCACCGGAGCGUCCACACCGACUCUCCCGGCCGCGCGGCCGUCGCCCCGCCCGGCGAGCUCUGCGCUCCCCCUCCCCCGCCCCCCACCCAGCCCCUCCCCGGCCUGCCCACCGCCGCCCCCCAGGAGCCGCCCGACGGCCCCGCCCAGAAGAAGCCAGACCCCUUCAAAAUCUGGGCCCAGUCCAGGAGCAUGUAUGAGAGCAGACUGCCCGAUUCCCAGGAGCAGGACAUCUUCCUGUGGCGGAAGGAUACAGGGUUUGGAUUCCGAAUUCUUGGAGGAAAUGAGGCAGGAGAGCCGAUUUACAUCGGCCACAUUGUGAAGUACGGAGCAGCCGAUGAAGACGGGCGUCUUCGGUCGGGGGACGAGCUGAUCUGCGUGGACGGCACGGCCGUGGUGGGGAAGUCACACCAGCUGGUGGUCCAGCUGAUGCAGCAGGCUGCCAAACAGGGCCAUGUCAACCUCACCGUGCGCCGCAAGACCGGAUAUGGAGUGUCGAAGGGUAAUGGGGACGUGCCUCCCUCCCCGGCCUCGUCGCACCACAGCAGCACCCAGGCGCCGUCUCUGACGGAGGAGAAGCGCACGCCGCAGGGCAGCCAGAACUCGCUCAACACCGUCAGCUCGGGCAGCGGCAGCACCAGCGGCAUCGGCAGCGGGGGCGGGGGGGGCGGGGGGAGCGGGGGCGCCGUGGCGACCGCCGUCCCGCCCAUCCAGCCCUACGACGUGGAGAUCCGCCGCGGAGAAAACGAGGGCUUCGGCUUCGUCAUCGUCUCCUCCGUCUCCCGGCCCGAAGCGGGGACCAACUUCGCUGGAAACGCAUGCGUAGCCAUGCCCCACAAAAUCGGUCGAAUCAUCGAAGGGAGUCCCGCAGACCGCUGUGGAAAACUGAAGGUCGGAGACCGCAUUUUGGCCGUCAACAGCUGCUCCAUCACCAACAAGUCCCACUCAGACAUCGUCAACCUGAUCAAGGAGGCCGGGAACACGGUGACGCUAAGGAUAAUUCCCGGAGACGAGUCCUCUAACGCUUCGCUUUUGACCAACGCAGAGAAAAUCGCUACCAUCACCACCACACACACGGCCCAACAACAGCAGGCUGCUCCUGAACCCAGGAACAAUACAAAACAAAAACAGGAUUCGUUUGAGUUUAAGUCUCCACAGCAAGCCCCUCCCCCUGCUCCAUCCCAAGCACAGCCCCAGGAUGCAGAGUUCUACUCUGUUGACCUGGAGCGGGACAAUAAAGGAUUUGGGUUUAGCCUGCGGGGGGGCCGGGAAUACAACAUGGAUCUAUACGUCCUGAGGCUGGCGGAGGAGGGGGCCGCUGUCCGAAAUGGAAAGAUGAGGGUCGGUGAUGGAAUCCUGGAAAUCAACGGGGAAAGCACAAAGAACAUGAAGCACGCUCGCGCCAUCGAACUGAUCAAAAAUGGCGGUCGCCGGGUUCGCCUGGUUCUCAAGAGAGGGGACGGCUCAGUGCCUGAGUAUGACACCAGCAAUGACCGGAACGGCCCCACUGCCGGUGCACAAACUGUUCCGGAAGUGAAACCGCUGCCACCCAACAGUCGACGACACGCAUCAUUGGAGUCAAGUUAUCCACCAGAUCUUCACAAACCAUCAUGGAAGGAGCAGCAGCAGAUGAGGGAGGAGUCUGGGUCAGACUGGUCGGACUGUAGCCGGGAGCACGGCCAAUACGCCACCCACCAACAUCUUCACCACCACCACCACACCUGGAACGAGCGCGCGAGCCGGGCCGAACCGCGGCACGCCCACGGCUCUCCGGACCACGGGAAGGCAGCCGGCCGGCAACGGGCCAAGAAGUCCGAGGAGAGCAGCAUCGCCAGGAUUUUUAGGACCCUGAGGCGGGACGAGGGGCGCGGGAGGAAGGCGGGCAGGCAGAAGGUUCCGGAAAACUGCCGGCGCCGGGGCUCCCUGGACAGGUCGCCGGGGCGGGGGCGGGAACGUUCCCCUGACCGACGCAGAGCCAAGUCGGUGGACCGUCGGCCGGAGAAGGCGCGGCGAGGCGGGAGCUUCCUGUCAGAGGUGCUGGCCUCUCGCCGCUCCCGCCAGGAGGACAGCCCUCUGAAGGACGCCUCACUUCUCCCGCCGUUCCACAGGGACCCCGGCUUCCACAGGGACGCCAACCAGGAGGAGGAGGAAGACGCUCUUCCUCCGAACAAGGGCCAGCUGUUCCACAGAGCCUUUAAAAAGAAGGGUAGCCUGCUGAGGGAUGGGUCGCCUGAAAGAGGCGACAGGGAGAACAAGUUUCUGAGAGACCGAUCGCCCGAGAGGUAUUACAAGUCGGAGGCAGGGCCCCAGCAGGCCUCACCCCACAGGAGCUAUGCAGACGAGGUGACUGCACCCAGACUCGUGGAGUACUACAGCACGCUCAAGUCCAGUUCAGGCCGCUGCCCCAAUAAACAGCCCCAGCCCAAGAAGAGACCCUACGAGAGCCACAAGGACCUGAGCGUCUGACCAACCGCCAGCUGAGAAGCUCCUCACGACACACCCCCUCAUCCGCAGAAGAGGUGGAGAUUAUACCUUUGAACAUCUUUAGUUUAUUCAUUUUCGACAAGAGAUUCAGUCCAUUACCCCCCCCCCAAAAAAAAGCAGAAACACUGAUAUUGUUUUCAUGGUUCGUUUGUUAUUCGUUUUGUUUUGUAAUUUUUUUUAGCUCAGUAGAGUUUAUCAGAAUUUUACAAAAUGACAAAAAGGAAAUAAUGUGCCUAACAGAACCACAAAUGGAGGUUUUUAAUCAGAAGAUGGGCCAUUUUUAACAGUUGUCGGAUUGACUUGAUUAAUUUCUUCCGAUAGGCCGCCAAGUGACGGGCGUUGUAAAUGGUGGUGUGCUGAUUUAUGCUGUGUAUCUCUCAAGGGUUUUGGUGUCAUUCAUCCCCUGUUGUAUUUCCAUUGGUUUCCACCAGAAUAUAGCACAAGCCUGUAUCAUUUUAUCAUUUUGAAAACGUGUUGUCUUGUACAUUCAUAUUCAGAAGCAUUCAUUUCGGGACAAAAAAACCACAUACGUACAAUUUCAGAUCAGUAAUGAAACAGUUGACAUGUGGUUAAAGUGCACAUUCUCAGGUUUUAUGGUAAUUUUAUAAAGUGUAAAAACAUGUAUAAAUUACAGCACUUUUUAAACAUUGCCCCGCCCUUUCAAGGCACUAUUAUGUUGGGGAGAUAUGUUACGUAAAUGAAAGCAGUCAUGUUUAGUACGGUGUCACAGAUCCUUUGCAUGCAAUAACUGCUUGAAGUCUGUGAGCCACAGAUAUCACCCGGUGCUUUCUUAGAGAUCAUCUCUUGAUGCCUGUCCUGCAGCCAUCUUCAGCUCUUGCUGGUUUCAGUGGAUACUUGCCUUAAGUUUUCUCAUCAGCAUAUGAAACGCAUGUUCAGUUGGAUUCCAAUCAAGUGAAUGACUUGGCCAGUCAAGAUGUUCGGAUCAUUGUCUUGCUGUGGGAUGAAGAGUUGUCCAAUGAGUUUGGAGGGAUAUGGUUCAACUUGAGCAGAUAAGAUGCUUCUGUACACUUCAGAAUUCAUUCUGCUGUUAGUGAGCGAGUAGAUGUGACAGCCAUACAUGCCCAAAACAUAACACCCUCACGACCAUGUUUCUCAGAUGGUGGUGCUUUGGAUCUUGGGCAGUUCACCGUCACACUUUUCUCUUGCCAUCACUCUGAUACUUGGUAAAUCUUGGUCUCGUCUGUCUAAAAUACCCUUUUCCAGAACUCUACACACUAUUUUAGGUAUUUCUUGGCAAACUCUUCUGUAUUAGUGGUUUGCAUCUUGCAGAGUAAGCUCUGUAGUUCUGUUCCUGCAGUCUUCUGCAGACAGUAGUCACUGAUACAUCCACGGUUGCCUCCUGAAGAGUGUUACUGAUCUGUCGGAGAGGUGUUCAGGUUUUUAUGAUCAGAAUUAUUUGGCCUUCAACGUCCUUGGCCUACCAAACCUAAGGCCAAAGGCACUUUUUUUUCUCUUAAUUCACAGCCUCAUAAUGGCUUUCUUGACUUUCAUUGGCACAAUUCGGGACCUCAUGUUUACAAAAGCCACUAACGGCCUGCAAAGGCAUUUAAUAGCCUAGAGUCAAGACUAGAUACUGAAACGUUUCUUACGCGUGCACGAAGGAAGCAAUUGAACACACCUGACUAAUCAAACACCUGUCAACCCAUUUGUCCCAAACAUUAUGGUGCGCUGAAAUGGGGGGGACUGUGUAUAAUAAGUGCUGUAAUUUCUACAUGGUGAAACCAAAAUGUAUAAAAAAUACCCUUUCAUGAAAGCAGAGAAUCUGCACUUGAAUUGCAUGUGAAUUUGAUUACAAAUGUAAAAUUGCGGAGUACAGAGCCAAAACAAGAAAAAAAACUAUUGUAAUUGUCCUAUGGAGCUCACUGUAUAUGAUCCUUGUAAGAAUUUGCCUAUUUAUUUUUUAAGAAUUCACACCGAAUUAGCACAUAUUAUUGAUAUGGAAAAAAAGAAUGCUUUCCAAUCUUAUGGAAAAAAACAUAUUUCUCCUUGUUACUUAUUGCAUGUGUCCAAUGUGAAGGAAGUUGACCAAAAGAAUUAGCAGCCUGUUGAUUUUUUGAUCUGUCAAAGAGGUUUAUGGGUUCGUUGAGAAAUAACUACUCAUUGGUUUCUUUUUUGACUUUCCAGUAAGAUGCCUCUUAUUCAAGUGCAAGAAUGGAAAAAGAAAUUACUAUCUGUUGUUUGGUUGCAUUGUACUCAAUACACUGCCUUUACUGUCAACUUCUACAACUUCUACAGGUUUUUGAGUUUCUGUAUUUUCUUUGUUUCAUGAAAAGAGGAAACUCAAUAAAUUGACACUAUCAUCUAGCUAUUUUCAAUGAACCCUACUCCUUACCCUGACCCCACAUACCAUGUUUUGUCAUGUUCAUCACAGCUGAAUUAUGGGAAAUGAGGGUAGCUAGAUUAACCAUAACAUUUGCUUUUUUCCCAACAACCAAAAAAGAAACAACUGUACAGUGAGCCCAGGCAGGCCCUUCCUGAGAGCUUGUGGUUCCCUUGGUUUGACAACUGCAUGCCUUUGGAGUCCAGAGACAUUGAAGCGACAUUGUGUGUUGUUGAGUCUGCUUUGGUAAGAUUUCCAGAAAAGUAAACCUGCCACGCUGAGCCAUGCUGUUAGCCACUUCUGUCAGACCACUGGAUUAUGAAUGCUGCUUCUAAUGUAUUUCUGUGUUUAUACUGUAUGUAUAACGUUUCACAAAAGGAAAAAAAAAAGAUGCAAGGUCACAAAAAAAAAGAAACAUCUCAAAAAGUUCUAUCACUGUCGUCACCAUGGUACUGUAACAAAGUUUUAGCGGCCAGCCAUUAUCUGUACAGAAUUAAGUAUGUAACUAAUAGCCUGUUGGGGGGAGGGGGAGGGAAAUGUUGCCUUUUUUUCUUGUAUAAAAGAGAAUUUAUGAGAAACCUCAUCUGUGAGGAAUGUGAUAUGUGUUUAUAUUUCUGAUAUGGAACAGUUGAUUCAUGGGAAAUAUGUUAGAGUACUCUGAAUCAGGUAUGUAAAAAUGUUUUAAAAUGGAAGAUGGUAUUAGUCGAUCAGAAGGUCUUUUUUCGUCUGUUUGAGUAUUUCUCUCGAUGGUGAGCCUGCCUUUGUAUUAUAAAGCACUUGUAUGCAGUCUGUGUUCUUUAAGCAUUAUUUCUUGCAAUGUGCUGUAGACAUAUUGCUAUAUUCUGUGUUGGUUAAAAGCAGUACAUGUAUAUGGGCCAAUCUUUUUUAUAAAACACUAUGCAUAUAUAAAUACUACAUUGUUCAUAGCUUUAUUUGACCCAUGGAGCUAUACAUAACAUUAGUCUAAGUACAAGUAGUUGUGGACUUACCUAGUAAAGCUUCUUUCCUCCAGAUGGAUCACAAUGUAUAUGUAGCUACAAAAGAAGUCUGUGAAUGCUAUUUUUAUUAUCAAAUAAAAGUUUUCCAUACAAA